UAUUUGUUCAUUACGAAAUCUGCGAAAACAUAAAUACAUGCUUACUUAAAAUGAUUUUUAUAUCAAGAAUAUCCUAACCUCAAAGACAGUUAAACAAUAGUUUCACAACUAACAGGAAAGAUAAUAAAUUUCUCUUUAUAUGCGUAUCAAACUUUCUUGGGAGAGAUUAAAGUGAACUGAUUGAGUAACACUUAAUCAGUUGGUGUUAUCGUUUAGAAAAAUUAGAACUGCGGUUCAUCUUGUUCAAAAUCGCGAGUGUAUAGUAAAGCAACACUUGUUGCUUCGAGCGAAUUAGAUGUCGAAUUUGGAGAAGAUGAGAUCGAUAUGGAGGGACGCGGAUGCUGUCACCUUCGAUGUCGAUUCUACCGUAAUUCGAGAAGAAGGUAUCGAUGAGCUUGCGAAAUUUUGUGGAAAAAAAAACGAGGUUACUGCGUUAACGAAUCAGGCAAUGCAAGGAAACGUGACGUUUCGACAAUCUUUGGUGGACAGGCUGAAUAUUAUAAAACCAAGUUUGACGCAAAUCGAACAGUUUCUAGCUUCUCGCGAGCUGAAACUUUCGUCUGGGAUUAAAGCUCUGAUAACGACGCUCCAAAAUCGUAAAAAGCACGUGUUCUUGAUAUCUGGUGGAUUUCGUUGUUUAAUUGCACCAGUUGCUACGUCGCUUAAUAUUCCGUCAGAGAAUAUUUUUGCGAACAGACUUAAAUUUUAUUUCACAGGAGAAUAUGCAGGAUUCGACGAAGAUCAACCCACCGUCGAAAAUGGAGGGAAAACAAAAGUAAUUGAAUACCUCAAAAAUGAAAAAGGGUUUAAAACUAUUGUGCACAUCGGGGACGGCGCAACGGAUUUAGAAACAACCGCGAUAGCAGAUUUAUUUAUAGGAUAUGGAGGAAAUGUGGUCCGAGAGAGCGUCAAGUCGAAAUCUCCUUGGUUCAUUACCGACUUCAAUGAACUCAUAAAUAUCUUGGAAACGUGAACAGUAUGAUACGUUUUUCUUUUAUAAAUUUUGAGCUUGUAAAGUUCUAACAAUGAGCGAUAGAAAUGUUGCAAUUAUAACGCAACCUAAAAAUA